AUGUUUAAUGCUCAACUCCACGAGAGUACCUCUCUGAGACUGCUUGGUCUCACACUGUCCGCUGACCUGAGAUGGAACAAAUAUAUUGAAUCAAUAGUUUCAUCUACCACAAGGAAAGUUGGUUCUCUGUGUCGCGCCAGUAGGUUUUUCUCGCCAGAGUCCAUCCUUCAAAUCUAUAAAUCAACCAUUCGCCCUUGCAUGGAAUACUGCUGCCAUAUAUGGCCUGGAUCCCCCUCCCGCGCUGUUCAUCUUAAGGUCCUCGACAAAAUCCAGAGACGGAUAUGCAAUGUGAUUGGGCCUGAUCUGGCAUCUCGUUUACAGUCGCUCUCUCACAGACGUGCAAUCGCUUCUCUCUGUCUUUUCUACAAAUAUUUUCACGGCAACUGCUCUGACGAACUACAUUUGCUCGUUCCCAAAUUGCAUGAAUUUAAACGUGCUACUAGAUUGAAAUCUUAG